AUGAGCGGAAAGCGAGGCAAAAAGGCCCAACGGGGCAACACAGACAAAAGGGCCCAACGCCCGGAAGAAUCAGCUCUAGCAGACAAAGUUCUACCAACCAUUCGUACUGCUUCGGCAGUGAGGGACGAUCCAAAUCUCGGCUACAAGCUACGUGUGCUGAUUUACGAUCUCCUCAACAUCUCCAAAGACCCGGAUUCCGAACGACGACUUAAUAGUACCGUCGACGAAUAUUAUAUCAGCCAGCCUUACUUUUCGUUCAAGGAGUCGGAGGUGAUAAAGAGCGCUAUUAUCGAUGCAGAACCAUCUUUAUAUCACAUUCCUGGAAACAUCUGCUGCAGUGGCGGCGAUCAGCUGUCCUCCAAGUCUGUGGAAGAGGCCAUGAGGCUACUACUUUCAGAUUUCCUCGAUAAGAGGCGCGCCAGUGGCGAUUCUCGGCCGUGUGGACCUCACCAUCUCGCGCCUCUCUAUGCUGCGCUGUAUGGUAUCGACAUGGCGGAGCUACAAGUCGCGAAAUUCCUUGGCCGUCUUAGAAGAAACGGUGUCUAA